ACGAAGGGGACGAGAGAAAUGAAAGAAGCCAAGGAAAUGGAGGGUGAGCUCAAGAACUUCAUCAGGUUAUGUGUUCUGACCAUGGCAUCUCUACUCUAUAGUUACUUCAUUGCAGCUAAGAUCCCCAAGGGUUUGCUAAGGCUCAUCUCCCUCCUCCCUGUCAUCAUCCUCCUAUCCAUCCUCCCCUUCGACCUCAACAGCUUUUACAUAGGUUUACCGACCUCGUUUUCCCUUGCUUGGCUUGCCAGCUUCAAGCUCCUCUUGUUUGCCUUCGAUCAGGGCCCUUUGUUACUACCAAAACACGAUCUCCUUCGUUUCAUCCUCAUGGCCUGUUUCCCUUUCAAGAUCAAACAAAACCCACCUCGAGAAACACCAUCUGAAGCCAAGACUAAACCCAUUUUGGAGGCUGCAACUAGAGCCACAGUGGUAUCGAUUGUGCUUUCUACUUGUGAAAACUAUAAACACUGCUUGAAUCACAAACACGUCUCGUUGAUCUAUAUUUUAGUCAUGUACCAUGGAGUACAACUUCUCUUUGCCUUGUCUGCAAUCCCUGCUCGACUCCUCCUCUAUGGCGUCGAACUCGAGCCACGGUUCAACGAACCGCUGGUUUCCACUUCACUACAAGAUUUUUGGGGCGACAGGUGGAACCUCAGGGUCUCAGACAUCCUACGUGAGACCGUAUACAACCCCGUACGUCGGGUCUCCAUCCGUAUCAUAGGACCUCGAUGGGCCUCGUUGCCUGGUGUUUUCCUGACUUUCUUCGUCUCCGGUUUGAUGCACGAACUGCUUGUCUACCACAUGUUUCGUCAGAGCUCGACCUGGGAAAUGACUUGAUUUUUUAUCCUGCAUAGGCCAAAUGGUUCCUGAUAGCUAGAAAUGCCAAAAUACUCAUGUCCCAUCAACUUUACACUUGUUGUUUGAGUUAAAAAUUUAACAAAUUAAGAG